AGACUCGUAUCUUUCAGUAGGCCGAGGUACUGUUACAAGAGAGGUGAUUUCCCUUCACCUUGCGUUCAAGAAGUAAUGGACGGACGGAUGGACGGAGGCUCGAACUUGCUCGGAAGCUAAUCAGAAGUGAUUGAGCCAGAUUGAAGCCGGUUACUUGUCGUAAUUUGACAUUAGUGCAUUCUAUUUGAACAACGUAGAAACGGCAUUGGUCCAGGGGCCUCAGAUCGAUUUCUGGCUUAUCUUCAGACCAUCUUUCCUGGAUCACCAGGAUCACCAUCAAACUCGAAAUGAGCUUUUUCUCGUCCAUCACGCAAUUUGUCAAUGACGCGGGAUCCACCCUGCAAGAAUCCGCCCGAAAGUUGGUGACCACCACCAGCCGAGAAACGGAUCCGGAGGAUGAUUACUCCUCACCCAGUCGUCUUCAUUUACCUUUGUCGGCUCGGAACUCUCUUUCCACGUCAGUGUCGCCCGUGAUCAGCCGCAAGAACUCCCGCUAUGGGCCCACCUGUGCCGCCUUGACCGUGCCAGGAAUGGAGGGUAGUUGUCUGAGUGGGGUCAGCCCCAUUCCCAGUCCGGCUCGCAGUCGACGAGGCAGCUACAAUCCCCCUUCGAGCAAUCAAGUGCUCAAUUCUGCUCUAUUGAACGCCUCCGUGUCCCCAGGGAAUGGAGCUGGGUCCAUUUGUGGCACAAUUUCUCGACGAAGUUCCAGUUUCCAUGGGCGAGAUCGAAAGCGAAGAAAGGAAACGGAAAUCGUCAUCUCCAGAGAGCGGAAGAAAUCCAUUCAAAAACUGGUGGAAAAACAGCGACCCAAAAUUCAACCCAAAUUGUGCCCCACCUACAUCGACGUGCCUGAGAAAUGGGAUGAGCAUCAGACCAUCGAGACAGGUGUGUCCGAUAUCGACAAUGGAUUUCUGGAGCUCUACGCCGGAUUGCUCUCGGAUCACCAAAAGCGGAAACGUGCUUAUUGCAUAAAAGGAAUGGCCCGAUCAUCCCAUGCCAAAGAUGGACCUCCUUCAGAGCAAUCCCUUGGCAUUGACCCAGCCGUGGAGAUGAUCACCGAUGAAGAGCGACGAUCUCUCUAUCGAGAGGUGCUUUACACGAUCAAUCAUAAGAUCGGGAGUUCUCGGACCCGCGAUUUGUCACCAAUGAGACUUAAGAGUGACUACGGUGGAUUCAACCAAUGCCCUCAGAAUGCCAAUGCCAUCAAAGACAAUCUCAUGAGCUUUGCCCAAAAGGCGUUCCGUAUCACUCGUGAGGAGCAUCAGAAGCUGGUGGAGGAGGCCAAGAGUGACAAGCCUCCUUUGAUUGUCCUGAAUGUGGUGGUGAUUGAGGCCAAAGACCUUGAGGCCAAGGACUCGGAUGGAUUUAGCGAUCCGUAUUGCAUGCUGGGAAUACGUCCAGGUGUAAAGCAUUUAACAGCAGCCAGAACUUCUAGUUCACCGCAAUAUUCGCCCAAAAUGAGCCGACAUGAAGUGCGACGAAGUAGUGCGGACUAUCAGCCUGAUGGGCUAUCGAGCCCGCUUUUGGGCUCCAAUGGCCGCAGAUCGCCAGCCAAUAACAGCGGCUCCAAUUCCCCGGGUGGUCGAGAUCCGGUGAAUGUCGAGGUGAAUGGAGAGAACAAGGAUGAAGUCUCAGCCUUGCCAGAAGCCUUUCACAGCAGAUUGGACAAGCCUAGACGAAGUUUCCGCUUGAGCUUUAGGCGUCGUGAGUCGUCCAAAAAGAAGAAAUCCGAGUCCAAUACUGGAACUAAUGGAGGCGAUGCUACAACCAAUCCCAGUAGCAACACCCUGGGUGCCAAUUUGGUCACUAAUAGCCCAGGCGGCCUUCUCCCCGCCAAGUUUAUCAAGGCCACGACGGUUAAAAGCAACACGCUGUCCCCACAUUGGAAUGAGAGGUUCCGAUUCGACAUAGACGACGUUGCCUCGGAUGUUUUUCAUCUUGACAUUUGGGAUCAUGACGACGAGACGUCUGUUCUCGAUGCCGUGGGUCGUCUCAAUGAGGUGAAAGGCAUGCGAGGUCUGGGUCGCUAUUUCAAGCAAGUCGCCCAAUCCGCCAGAUCCGGCGGUGAGGAUGACUUCUUGGGAAGUGUCAAUUUCCCGGUCAGAGACAUUCCUUCAGCGGGAGUUGAGCAAUGGUACAAACUGGAAGGUCGCUCCACCAAAUCCAACAUUCAAGGUUAUUUGCGAUUAAAACUGUGGCUAUCAACGAGGGAGAAUCGGGGCCUUUCCGAGGAAGAGGAUUUGUGGAACGAGAUCAGGCAGCAUGAGCAAAUCUACAGCGUGUUUUUGGACCACCAAGUUCAUCACCUUAAGUACCCUUGGGAAUGGGAUGGAGAGCUGCCGGAAGCCGCCUGCACCAUCUUGCACCAGCACAUGAUCCAAGGCGACCUGACUGAGCUUCAGGUGGCUGGCCUUCGUUGGCGCUCCUUGUUCAAUCAGGCCAAGAAGGCUCAAAUCAAUUACAAAAUUCUUUAUGAGACCUUGAGGACCUUGGACAAGCGGUGGGACAAGGAUCUUCUGACGGAGAGUGAGGAGCAAUCCUUGGCCAAAUCAUUCAAUGAGUUCAUCGAUUUCGGCCUAGUUCUGAUCCAGAAUCAUCGCCAAUUGUUCCCAGCCGAAAAUGCACCCGCUCAAAUCAAAUUGGAAUAUCUCCUCAGAUGUUUCUACGAGAUCACGGACAUGCGGGUGUCCUCCCGCAGUUGUCCCAAAUAUCCAGAUCUUCGAAUUGCCAUCAUUGCCUCACUUCAACGGGGAACAGUUGAUCUGUUCUACUCUCAUCUGGAUUGCAACGAAGUGGAAGAAAUGAUUGACCAUGGGGUGAAUCUACGUGACGUGCUGCAAAACUUCAUCGAGACCUUGGUUGUGAUCACUUCGGACUUGGAACGAUCCAAAACCGUCUAUCAAGCUCCUUUUGAAGACAUUCUCAGGAUUCCUUACAUCAUCACCAUAUACAAGCAAUAUGACAAAUUGGUGUCCAGGGAUCUGGGCUCACUCAUUCAAAAGGCCGCCGAUUCGGAGAUGAUCGCCAAGGAGCUGGUCCGACAAUUCCAACCGCCGAUUAGUCGGCGUGGAUCUUGUCAGAAUGGGGAAUUCCAAUCUUGCCAAUCGCCGCCGGCCUUUGGCACCAAAUCAAAUUCAGGUCAUCUCCUCGGCUACUAUUUGUUCGAGAUUUGUCUGGCUCUCAAGGACUUCUAUGACCUUCGAGAGCCUCUCCUCCCACCUCAAGAUCGAAGUGCCUUAAUCAUGAAGCCUUCGUUCAGGGACUGGUUCGUCACGGUUCUUCACGUUUGGCUCAAAAUCGUCCUCGAAAAGCUUCCCCAACGAGUGGAACGCUCUCUGGAGACGGAACAACCCAUUGUGGACCCCGAUAACUUGGAAGUGGUCCAUUCAUCUUCAGCUCAUGACUUCACCUCCUCUGUGGCCUUGUUGAAGGAGUUCUGGCGAAUAUUCAACUGGGGCGAGCUUACCAACCCCAGGCCUCAUUUGGCCAUCUUAAUUGAUGCCAUGUGUCAAAGUUCCACGUUGUACACGGACCUCUCUCACAAGGUGCUUUUAGAAGAGACCAAAGGCGAGAAAGGCUUUUAUGCCGAAGGGUCCACCACCAAUUCCCUUCAAUUGGCCGAGAAGGUUGUGAUCACCCUCAACAACUUGGAACAUAUCCUCCAGUACAUUUGUCUGAUUCCCAAAGAGCUCAACUUUGAAGAAGACACGAAAGGCUCGAUGGAUUCGAAUGACUCGGACAAUUUUGAGGAGGAGAGGCUCUCUUGCAGCCUCGGAGAUCAAGGAGGAUUUCUGGCUGAUCUCAUUGCCACAGCCUGUGAUUACACGGACAUUGUUAUUUACACCGUCCUCGAGACGCUCCAAGGAAAAUUGGAAGACGGUCUGAGGAAGCAUAUUUUCCACUUAGCUUGGUCGCCAGAGUCCUUGCCCACCAUGGAUGCUAUUGCUCCCCUCAUGGCCUAUUUGGACAAGCACAUUCAGGCCUUGAAUGCCAAGUUCCUCCGGGGCAACUACAUUCGCUGCCUCCACGUGGUAUGGGAAUCGGUCUUGGCCGAGCUUCGAGAGCAUUCAGACGCCUCCACCGGGGAGAAGAUGCCCAUGUUUUUUGAUCGGCUCCAUGAGGCUCUACAGAUACUGUCCGAGUUCUUCUACGCAGAUGGAGCCGGACUCUCCGAAGGGAAACUUUACACCGAUAAUUUCAAUGAACUUGACAUUCAAUUCAGCCUCAACGGGAAAACCACCGAUCAACUCAUCGACAAGUUCCACCUGGAGCGUCUGGACCUGCAACAACGAAUCCAAUUUGACACACCUCUGUAUGGCAUCCUCACAGUUCGCGUCUAUUUCAACCACGACUCGUUGUUCGUCGAGAUCCUGAAAGCCAGGGACGUCAUCCCAUUGGACAGCAAUGGUUUAAGUGAUCCUUUUGUUGUGAUCGAGCUCUUGCCACAGCGGAUCUUCAAUUGCCACGAACAACAAACCAACAUUCAAAAGGCCACCCUGAACCCGACCUUUGAUGAGUGCUUUGAAUUCCCUGCCUCGACCUAUCAAUGUGUGGAACCUCAUGCCAUGCUACGUUUUACCAUCUUCGACCACGAUAUCUUGUCCUACAAUGACUUUGCUGGCGAGGCCUAUUUGAGCUUGAACACGAUCCCCGGAAUCAAUUGCGACAAAUCCCAAUGGGGUAGUUUCCAUGGGCUGAAACAAAUUCACCUGCCCCUAAUGCUUCAGGAUAGAAAAGACCAUCCAAUUCUUAAGACCUUGGAGGCUCGUGGAAGUGGGGACAAGUUGGCAAUCGACUUUUUGAAAAAUCAGAAAAGUCGAGCUGUCAAUUAGGCUCUUUUCUCUUCGCCAUAGAGCGGACUAAAGAUGUCACCAUAUCAACGGAAAAAGUGUUCCAUCAAAUGGUUGGAAUCAAGAUGAAUGACGAAAAAACACUCCAGGAGAUUCGCUUUGUCAUAAUGUUGGCUUGAUUUGAGUGCAAUGACAAAUCGAUGACUGAAUUUCUGAAGAAAUGGAAACAUACAAGAAGACGACUGUGAUAAACGAACGACCUUAAAUCAAAUAUCAGUAGAUAUUUUUCUUUAUUUCAGUCAAUGAAACCUUAACCGAUGCAAUGAAGUAAAGAGGCACGUGCUAGCUAUCUACGUAUUUCGACAUGAUCAUAGCAAACUAUAUGCUCUAACCUAACCAUAAUAUUUCUUCAAUCUUCUUUAGUGUGAAAUAAAACCGAUUUCUUGGUUGCAGUCA